UUGGAGGAUGGAUGGUCUCUGAUCAGAUCUGACUACCAUUUUCCAGUUUCCACACCCACACCCCCCUCUAAACUUGGUUUACUAUGAGCUGCAGCCAUGGGAUUAGAGGAAGAAGCCAAUGAUUAGUGCACCAUCGCCGGCUGCUGAUCGAAUCUAUUGUGAUCGGCCUCUUGGGAAAAGUGCAGUAGCAGUAGUAGGUGUGGUAUAAACAACAUGCAGAGAGAGAUAGAGAGGAGAGAGAGAGAGCAUGGGGGAACCAUCAAUUCACCUCGAUCAACUGGUGUUGUCGUCCAAUUUUUUGAUUUUGAUUGGAAUGGAUCUCGCUGCAUGGACCGGAGGAGUGAAGGGCCGAGGGAGAGGGAGAGGGAUUACAGGAAGGGAAACUGGACCCUUCAAGAGACCAUGGUUCUUAUCGAAGCGAAGAAGAUGGACGACCAGAGAAGGAUGAAGAGGUUUGGGGACAGCAGCGAGAGGGGCAAGCCGGCCGAGCUGCGAUGGAAAUGGGUGGAGGACUACUGCUGGAGCAAGGGCUGUUUGAGAAGCCAAAAUCAGUGCAACGACAAGUGGGAUAAUCUCAUGAGGGAUUUCAAGAAGGUGAGGGAGUACGAGAGGCGAGUAGCGGCCGAGACAGCAGCAGCAGGAGGAGACCCAUCUCAAUUAGCUCAAGACAAGUCCUACUGGAGGAUUGACAAGACUGAGCGGAAAGACAACAGCCUGCCUUCCAAUUUGCUGCCCCAGAUAUAUGAAGCCCUGGUCGAUGUAGUCGACCGGAAAGGCCACCUCGGCGCCGGCGCCGGGAGUUCCACUGCCAAUGUGCCCGCCACUCUUGGUCUUGUUGAUAACCCCAUUCUUCUUCAGGGUUUAGGUCAGCAGCAACGUCCCAUCGUUCAGCAUUCUGCAACUCUGGCCUUGCCAUUGCCAUUGCCAUUUCCACUGCCACCGCCCGCUCAUCAGCUUCCUUCUUCGCAACCCUUACCUACAUCAGAUUCGGAAACGAGAGAGCAAACGGACUCACCAUCGAAGAGGAGAAAGAGAAGAGGAGGAGGCGGCGGAGUAAGCAGCAGCGGUGGCGACAGGGAGACGACGAGCGGGGGAGGGGGAGGGGGAGAGGCAUUGGGAAUAGGGUCUGCAAUAUCAAGAAGCGCAUCAGUGAUAGCGGAAGCGAUCCAGUCAGGCGAGGAGCGACAAGAGAGAAGGCACAGAGAGCUGUUGAGGGUGCAGGAGAGAAGACUGCAGAUCGAGGAGUCCAAGGCAGAGAUCCAUCGACAAGGCGUGAAUGGGCUCGUGGACGCCAUUAACAAACUGGCCAAUUCCAUCCUCGCCUUCGCCGGCAACAGAACCACGCAUCAGUCGCCUCCAAAAUAGUACCCGCCUCUCUGUCUGGUUUCCCUCUCAAUUCAUUGAUCAAUUAAUUAAUUAGUUUACUUACAUAUUAAUUCAAUCGCGUACGUAUGUAUGUCUGUAUGUAUAUACACAACACACAUCGAGGAAUGACGAUGGUGAUGAUCAUCAUUCAUUCAUAUUCAUGAGUAGUAGAUAGAUGGUGUGGGUGUAGGUGGGUGGUCAAGGGUCAACAUUGAAACUGUGAUAGGUGAUGACGGUGAUGAUGAUGAUCAAGUAUUGCAGAUGAGUUCAGUUGGCAUUUAUACACGU